GCCAAGGCGAGCGCAACGGCACGGACAGCGGCAGCCGCCCGCGGGGCCUCCUGAGCGGAUUCGCCGAGGUGCUCCUGCCGGGCGACGAGGGAGGCACCGUCGGCGAGUCUGGCAUCGCACUCCUCGUGUUCAUGGUCUUCGCCUGCCUGAGGUUCGGCACGCGCCUGGGCUCCGUCUUCUCGCAGCACUCGCCGCAGGCCGACGCGAAUCCGCCCCGGGCCGCCGGCCAGGCGGCCGCGGCGGCCACGAGGCAGCCCGAACCGCGCAGGGCGGAAGAUGCGCUGCUGGCAGUGGACACGCCUGCGUCGGCGGAGGAGGAGCCCUCGCGCGCUGCCUCGCCCAAGGCGGCCGCGCCGACGUCCCAGGCGGCGUCGGCGUGGCGCUGCAUUGCCGCGCACCAGCCCCGCGCCGCUACGGAGGCCCUCGACCUGUGCUCUGUUCCGGCCGUGGAGCGGCUGCUGCCAGCGGCGGGCGGCUACGACUGCACGCUGUCGCGGCCCCUGAGCUCCCGCGGGCCGGUGCGGCUGCAGGCCCGCGUGGAGGGCCCGAGCAGCGGGCUGCCCGCCCUCGCGGCGCCGCUGAGCCAGCGGCCCUGCGUGCUCUUUUCCGCCGCGGCCUCGCGCCGCGUCCACGGCGGCCUGCACGGCGGCCUCACGGUGGCCUUCGAGGCGCGCUGCCUCGACUUCGUGGUGGUGCUCGCGGACGCCCCCUACGCGAGCAUCGACGUGGUCGGCGCCGAGGUCUCCCUCUUCGACAUGCAG